AUGGCGGAAAUAAAAACUAGUCUCGAAAUCAACGAAAUCAAACAGAAAAUAAAAAAUUUAAACCUUGGUCAAGUUAGUGAACUAAUCGAAGCCUUAAAAACCGAUUAUAAUAUCACCGAAGAAACCUUAGUUGGACCGGUCAGUGCUCAACCGAACGAACCGGCCAAAGAAAAGAGCAGCAGUGUUUCGCUGAAAUUUCUGGGCAUAAGUGAAGGAGCCAAUAAAAUCCAGAUUUAUAAUGUUAUCAAAAAUGCGGUUAAAGAAUUAAAAGGUGAAGACCUUAACGUCAUUCAAGCUAGCAAGCUCCUCCAAAAAGACGAUAAAAUUAUUCUGGAAAAUAUUGCUCGGGAACAAGCCGAGAAAAUUAAAACGGACUUGGCGGCCAAAGGACUUAAUCAUUCUCCGCUUUUUCAAGACUUACCCAACAAAGACUUCGGGGAGGAGCAAAAAUUAUCUUUCGAUAAUUUUCUUCGCCAGGGUCUAAAAAAGAUAUUCGCAACUUAUUUUCCGGCCGAAUUCAGUAAUUAUAACAACCUUAUUCAUUGUGAAGUCAAGGAAGUUCGUUACGAAGAACCCAAGAAUACCGCCAACGAAGCCCGAGUUAACGAAAAAAGUUUCAAACUACGAAAAUUUGACUUACGCGAAAAAAUUCCGGGCGAAAAAUGGGAAAUUAAGGAAAAAAAGAAAACUACUAAAAAGAACGAAACCCCAGAAAGAGACAAGGAAAUCAGGAUAACCGUAGAAAAAACCGAACAACGAGAAAAUUUUCUGACGGCCAAAGUUCGUUGUGUUGGUGAGAAAGAGAUUAAUUUUUGUUACUUACCGAAAAUUACCCCUUCCGGUAGUUUUAUCGUUAAUGGUCAUAAUAAAGUAGCGGUUUAUCAAUCAGUGCGGGCUCCGGCGGUUUAUUUUUUUGCUACCGAAGAAAAAGAAAUUUACGGAGAAAUUAUUCCUUUCAAAGUGCUUAACUUUUUAGAUUUGUUAAAAACUCACGACGUAUCUGCCGAAACCAUUACCCAAUUAUUCGCUCCGGAAGACUUAAACACUGAAAAUUACGCUGCGGCUACGAUUCUGGAACCCGGGGUUAACGCUCCUAACUUUUUAUUCACUAAGCCUAAUACUUAUUUUACCUUAGGGCAACUAGGUCGUCGCAAAUACAACCAAAAAUCGCUCCUCAGUCGUCAAGUAGUCGGGCAAACCCUAGCCGAAGAUUUAUACGAUAUUAGUGGGAAAUUACUCUUGAAAAAGAACACUAUUCUCGAAGGAAAGGAUUACCAAAAAUUAAGCCAAGCUCUCACCCAGAAAAAAAUUUCUCCUCUGACCUUACCUUUUUCUGUUAAUGACUUAUACGUUUUGCAAAUAAAGGCUCCCCACAACCCGGAAAAAAUAAUCUCCGUGGUGGGGUUUGGCGAAGAGUUGCCAGAAACUAAAAUCUACUUUGACUUGGCUGAUUUGGUGUGUGCCGUUUCCCUGUUUUUCAAUCUACGUUACGGUUUGGGAAACCUAGAAAAGGAAGAAGAGAAAGACACCUUAGAAAACCAAGUUAUUCGCCGGGCUGGGGAUUUAAUUUAUAACCUCUUCGAAAAUAAAAUGGUGCAACUCCGCAACGAAAAUAAUUCCUUAUCCAUGCUAGCCUAUCUCCGCAAAUUAAGUUUGUUAGGAACCGGAGGAUUUAGUUCCUCGAAUACUACUUUUGCGGCCCGCAAUGUUAAACCUUCUCAAAUUAAUUGUUUGGAUUUAGUCGAUACUCCCGAAGGACAAAACGUCGGAGUAGUGCGUAACUUUACUAUCCAAGCCAAAAUUAAUGAUUACGGACAACCCACGGCUCCUUAUUAUCCCGUCGAAGCUGGCCUCAUCUCACCCAAGUUAAUCUACUUGACGAAUGAGGAAGUCAAAAACAAGUAUGUUAUCCAUUGCAACCUCAAAAUUAAUGAAAAUAAUCAAAUUCAAGAAGAAAAAGUUCUCGCCCGUUUUCAGGACGAUUUAGUCUGGGUGGAUGCGAGUAAAAUAAAUUAUAUUGAUACUUCUUUUUACCAGUUAAAUUCGGUUACUAGUGCCACGAUACCCUUUUUUCAACACAACGAUGCUACCCGCAUGUUAAUGGCAAGCAACAUGCAACGGCAAGCU